GACUUUUCGCUAAUAAUAGCGAUUUUUAAAGCGUGUGCUGGCAACAUGAGAUUUUAGGAGUGCGGCGCGCGUUUGACCGGAUUGGGCGGUCGUUACAACAAUCCCAUCGGCUACGUGGGACUGGCGGGACUUCGAAGCUGCGACAACUUCGAUGCGUCCGAUGCGGUCUGUUUUUUCUGGUCAUGCGGUCACCCAUUCUGCAUCAGCCGGAACCCUUCAGAUCGCUGGAUACAGAAAACCACGUCCGGCGUCGCAGGGCGUCUGUCGCGUCACUUCGACCCGUCCUUGAAAGGUUUGGAAGACGCACUCGGCUACCCAUAGACGAACUUGUCCACGGCCGUGCCUUGCGCAGGGACAGUGAUGGGCGGGAGCACCUUUCAGACUACUUUCCUGAUAAAGGUUGCAGCAAUUCAGGACUUUCUGUGUCGAAAAGCAAGGGACCAACCGUCGCAUCGCCCUGGCUACGGGAAGAUACCCUGGUCCUGGACACGCCCGAGGGGGAGGGUGUUGCAGGCAACCAUGACUCACAAGGCCACGGAAGCAGCUCUCCUGUUCUUCCGCGGGGACUUGCAGAGAAAGAUGAUGCCUCUGGGCUGCGCAUGGAGAACGUCCGCUGCAUUCCCUCCGUUCCCUCUCCUGUCAAGACCCGCGUUCAACGAUAUCUCAGCUCCCUUGCCCAUGUUUCGCCCACUGAAACGACUGGUGUUCGGGGUUUUUGCGACGUUCCCAAGCCUGGCCGGAUCCCCGUCAAGACGAUUCUCUCCUCUUCGACCGAGAGGGACUGGGCGGCGACGGAGGCAUCCCGAACCAUGUGGGGACAGGGAGGGAGUUUGGUGCCACGCAAGCCUUCGAAAAUGCCCUUGUGGUUGAGGCGCAACGUGGAGCAGAUUUUUUCCGACUCUCCGUCAGAAGACGUGCCCCACGGAACGUUCCUGGCGGAUCGGGAAGUCAGCGCUGACACCAGUCUGGGCUCCGACACUCCUCCGAAUCGAUCCGAAAGACUGAGCGGCAAGUCCUUCGGUUUCAUUCCUCAAACGAUCCAACGGCCGCACGCUGCUACACGCCCUGCCGAGAGUUUGCUUCGUGGCAGCACCGACGUCGCCGGGGCACGUCCAAGCAUCAAGAGGCCCCGCGUGAACCGGACCGAAGCCGCAUCCAAGAGAGGAGCCCCGGCUCUACGGCCGUCGACGGGAAGCUUUUUUCUGCGUGGCUCAGUGCCGUCGGCGACCGCCGCAACUUCGGGGACAAACGAAGUCGGCGGUGUCACUUGUGCGGCGUCCACUUCAGUUGUGAAUCGUCGGGAGGGGAAUCCAUCCGUGCCCAAUGCUGCCACGUCGUCUGCCAAGAACACGCAACGCAUGUUGCGCGAGAGUCGUAAGGCAGAGGCCGCAAAGGACGACAGUUGGACACAGUGGAAAACCUCGACCCGAGAAAAACUGCCAGCACGAAGGCCAGAGUACGAUCCUAAAUUCUUCACAACAAGGGUGCAAGGGGUCGAAGCUGCAUCCCCGCUUUCUCCUCGACCGUUUAAAAGGAAAACAAGCACCACUUUUUUUGCACAAACCGAGAGGAAGGACGGUCGGCCGGUUGAAGAUUUAGCGUCGUCGUCGCCUCGAGCAUCAUCAAAUGCGCCGGGCAACUCGGUUGGCGUGCGUAACGGGUAUGAUGCGAAACAGAAGCCCGCGAAAACCCUCGAGGCAUCUGCAUUGAGGCCUUUGCCAGGAGUAGCACCUUCCUCUCCAAGAUGUCUCGAUGUCGGUUCAAGAAGGAACAGGAAGGAGAAGCGGACACGGAUUGCUUCAGCAGAGGCGAGCCCGGGCCAUCGCAGCGAGGAGGUGGCCUUGUUUCAGCAGCUUGUCGCGCAGCUGCGCCGUGAUUUAAAGAGCCAGCGGAAUCUCCCGCCUCUCCUCUCCAGAGACGCGAGGGACGUCUCGCGCUCGCAGGGGCUGGACAUGGCAAACGAGGGGUUGUCCAAGCAGAAGAUGGCGGCCGCCGUCCUCCCGGCAAAGCGGCCAAGGGGCAGGCCUUCGGCAACUUCUUCUGGACCCAUUGUGCCUCCUGUUGAAGGCCGUUUGCCAGAUCAUCCGGAGGGAACGGCUGCACCUCGGGAAGACGCAUCGACCUCCAGCGAUUCCCGAUUCUCGGAGCUGUCGGGGUUGGGUGCCCAGUCCCGGAGGAAGCUAGUCUCGGGCGGCGAAGUGAACGAUCUGCCGACCGAGAAGAGCCUGAACGUGUCUCCCGAGAGAAUCGCGCACAAGCGACGAGUCUUCACGAAGCAGCGUCGGGACGUGGAGCUUCUGGACGGCGAGCUGCGUCCGGUGGGGAAGACUGCCCCCGUAGGCCUAGGACUCCUGGUGAGCACGGACCACGUCACAGUUGGAAUCCUUCGACUGCUGCCCAGUGCAGUCAAGGGCUACUCCGAGACCCGGGAUCACGACACGAUACUCCUUACAACGGACAACAGCGUAGUAGUGGAAAGAAGGGGUUCUUGGGAGGUGCUCUCGAGAAACAGCUCCUCCUACAUCUGUCGGGGAAUGCCCUACUCCAUCCGGAACAUCUCGCCUGCACCGGCCGAGGUCUACAUCAUUUUGGUGACUCCCUGCUGACUGCCCCCCUCACCCAUCAACUCAUUUCUUCAUUUUAUUCUCAUCAGCACUCACCCUAUUUUAUUCCUAUCCAAUCAGUCUAGACUGAACAUGAAUUGCAGUUGCAAUUUUAAUGCAUUCUUUUAACAAUUUUAGGCCUUAAUUUUACGCUUACCUGGACAGAGGUUGCAAUUCAUGUGCAAACUGUUUUUUUUUUUUUUAUUUCACUUUUCGUUCAAGCGCCCAUUUCGUUCAAGCACCCACUAUGAACGUGUUCCAAACCUGGGAAUUCUGCAAGUUAUACGCCGAGCGCUCAAUUUGACCAGAACAAGCGCCCAUGUCUAGAUUGACCCAGUUUUCAGUGAAGUGGAGUGGGUGCUCCCCCGGUAUUUCAUGUUAAUGCUUUUAUAAAAAUGUGUUCAUAAACAUUUGUUUUUAUAAACAUUCAUCAUUUUAUCAACAUGUCUUCAUAAACACUAAAUGUCCAGGUUUUUAUAUACAUGUUUUCAUAAACAUGAAACAUCCAUUUUUAUAAAAAUUUGUCUUUUGAACAUAAAGCAUACAUCCUUUUAUGAAAAUGUUUGCAUAAACAUUUGUUUUUAUUGCCUGAUCUUUUGUACAUAGCAUUGACCUGACGGGAGAUUUUGUGUGAAACUCGUACAAUCAAUGAGUUUUUAGUUUAAGUUACUAUAUGAGCCAACAGAAAACUGACAAAUGUGCUGCUAUUGUAUCUCCAGAUCAUAUUCUUGACUACACCCACUUGCACAAAGAAGUUGUGUAAAGCUUGCUUGUAGUGUCAGUGGAUGUAAUCUACUGAAUGUAAUCUACCGAACGAAGCAUGUAUUCUCUUUGGGAUUAGUCUUCUGUAAUCAUUGGCAAGGAUACACAGCACAUGGCUGCAAUGUAAUUCACUUUUGGAUUUUACAUGCCCGUACUAAAGUUUUUAUCUUUGUAUAACUGUUUCUAUGUUUUGAAUAAAUCAUUGCUCACUUUU